CAGGCUCUCCCUGCAGUAGGGCUUCCCAUUAGCAGAACUGCUGCCGCUCAACAUGUGUUAUUAGCUCCUGUGCAGAAAUAUAAAAAAAGGUGCUUGUAAUGCCAGAGGCUCAAAAUCUCCUUUAAACAUCAGUCGUAAAAAAAAGCCUUGCCACCACCCCUCGAUUCUAUCCCAGCCAAUCAGAUGCCAGGAACCAAGCCAGGUCACCCUUGCAAAAAAAACCUUAAUGUGUCCCAAAGGUUUGCCAUCUCCUGCACAGGUCGUCUUCAGUCAGAGAGGCCCGUGGGCACCGCUGAAGACAGACUGGAGGGGGACGACACAUCUCUGGGCCAAAGGACAAAACUUCUGCAUCCAUUCAGAUUCCCACAUCUCCGUUGAGGGACAGAAACAUGGCUCCUCACCUCAGCAUGAGCAGGACUUGGGUCUGGCGACGGACAUUUGCAGGAUGUUUAACACGCUUGAUUGUCUUCAUGUUGCUCUGUGCACCAGCUUUCGCUCAGCUGGAUUUGAACAGAUUAGAUGGCGAGACAGUGUGCCCAACCAUGAAGAAUGGACAAGAUGACCUACCAGGCUUUGAUCUGAUCACACAGUUUCAGUUGGAUGUCAUUCCCAUGAGGGGUGUCAGAAAGGUAGAAGGAUCCACACCCCUCCAGGUGGCAUACAGACUCGACCGAGAGGCCAACUUCCAGAUCCCAACCAGGCUGAACUUUCCAAGGGGCUUCCCAGAUGAGUACUCCUUCAUGACCACCUUCCGCAUGAUCAAGAACACCGUCAACAAGGUGUGGAACAUCUGGCAGGUGGUGGAUGAAGACGGUUUGAAGCAGGCAGGUAUGCGUCUGAAUGGAGACCAGCAGGCCCUGGAGUUCUUCCUCACCACUAUGGAGGGAGAUGUGCAGACUGUCACCUUCCCAGGCCUUUCAGUCCUCUUCAACACUAAAUGGCACAAAGUGAUGGUUGGUGUGGAGAAAGAGCUGGUGACGCUGUACGUGGACUGUCACCCUGUGGACCAGAAACCCAUCAAAAGGAAGGGCUACGUCAAUACAGAAGGAGACACCCUGAUCGGAAGACUGGAUUCUGAUCCCAACACAUCUGUAGUGUUUGAGUUGCAGUGGAUGCUGAUUCAUUGUGACCCAAAGAGAGCUCAGAGAGAAAGCUGUACCGAACUUCCUCUGUCUGAGCCGGAUCCCAAGCCGAUCCCUGGCCCCCCCGGUCCUGAGGGUCCUGAGGGGCCUAGUGGACCCCAAGGGGAACCUGGCAGAGACGGGAGAGAUGGUCUUCCAGGUACCCCGGGCACUCCUGGAGCUCCGGGCAGUAAAGGAGAUCGAGGAGAGAUUGGACUGCCAGGACUGAGGGGACUGCAGGGGACUCCGGGACCAAUGGGACCAAUGGGCCCCAUGGGACCACGAGGACUGGUGGGAGAAAGAGGUCUCCCUGGUUUCCCUGGACCUGCUGGACCCCCUGGACAAGAGACUGUUGGGCCUCCGGGAACCCCAGGGAAGCCUGGUACUCCAGGAGAUGAGGGAAACAUUGGACCAGAGGGUCCUCCUGGACCAAGAGGAGGAAUUGGGCUUCCAGGACCACCAGGCCCACCAGGACCUCCAGGACCAGCAGGACCACAAGGUGCUGGGAACCCUGAGGGAAGUGGGGAGACUCAGUGCCAGACAACAUGUCCAGCUGGACCGCAGGGACUGCCUGGUCUGCCGGGGAUGAAGGGACAUCGAGGUCUUCCCGGUCUGGAUGGUGUGCCAGGUACCCAAGGUGAAAAGGGUGAGCGAGGGGCUGCCGGAGAGCAAGGUCCUCCUGGACGUCCAGGAGAUGAUGGUCAGCGAGGGCCAAUCGGAUUCACUGGACCUCAUGGUGAUAAAGGAGAUCGGGGUCCUCCUGGAUUCAACGGGAUCCCAGGACCUACAGGACCACCAGGAUCACCAGGUGUUGAAGGCAUUAGAGGGCGACAGGGGCAUCCUGGGCCUAAAGGAGACGAUGGUGCGAUUGGUGCACCGGGAGAGAAAGGAGCUUCUGGAGCCAAGGGUGACACUGGUGAGCCAGGAAAGCAUGGAUCUGAUGGAGCACUAGGAGCUCCAGGAGAGAAGGGAGAGCCAGGUCUGUCAGGAGCCAUUGGUGUCAGAGGAAUUGUGGGAAUUCCAGGUUUACAAGGAAAACCGGGACUCGUGGGGCCUGCAGGCCAGAAGGGUGAAACUGGCACUGUAGGACCAACUGGUCCAGUUGGGCUUCCUGGUAAAGAUGGAGCACUUGGACCACCAGGAGAAGAUGGAACUCCAGGAGCCAAAGGAGCCACUGGUGAACCAGGAAAACAGGGUCCAGCCGGUCCAGUGGGCCCACAAGGUAUCCAGGGAGAUAAAGGUGACCAAGGACUCAUGGGCCCUCGUGGAAUCAAGGGUCACACAGGUCAUAAAGGAGACCAGGGCCCGAUGGGUUUCCUUGGUCCUAAAGGAAGUGAGGGAGAUCCAGGUGUUGCAGGAGAACCAGGCGUGAAGGGUGAUCAGGGGCCUCCGGGUAUUCCUGGCAUCAAGGGCGAGCGUGGAGAGAAAGGCCAGAGAGGAGCUACAGGAGCUGAUGGUCGUCCAGGACAGCCAGGUCAUGAGGGUCUGACCGGACCGCAGGGAGCCAGAGGUCUGGAGGGGGAACGAGGACUAUCUGGACCCCCUGGUCCCAGAGGUCUACCUGCGCCUAAGAUUAGUGAUGAGAAGAUCCGUGAGAUUUGCUCAGCUGUUGUUGAAGAACAUUUAGAUGCCUACAAGAAGGAAGUAGCAAAGAAGCCUCUUGCCAUUGGAGCCCCUGGAACUCCAGGACCCAUGGGACCACCAGGACCAGCGGGACCAGCAGGUCCCGCUGGAGAAGCCGGACCCAGAGGAAUCAUGGGCCCCAAGGGGCCUCAAGGAUACUACGGUCUUCCUGGAAAACCAGGAGCCAAAGGUGAUGCAGGACAAAAAGGUGAUAAGGGAGAUAACGGAAUAGGAAUUCCAGGAAUUCCUGGAGAACCCGGACCGCAAGGACCAGCUGGCAAGCCAGGCAUCGGUAAGGACGGUCAGGACGGGGCCAGAGGAGACGCUGGUGUGCCAGGAACCCCUGGAACCUCUGGAGCCAGAGGAUCUCCGGGCGCCCCUGGUCUUUGUGAUCCUUCAAACUGCUUUAGGCCUCAGCCUCUUUACCUGGUUGGCGGGAAGAAGUCCAUCAACAUCAAGGGUCCAUGAACACAAACAUAGAAACCUUCAUCACAGUCAUCAUCAGGUAGUCCAUCUCUGACAAACUUGAAGAGACUUCAGAUGGCGAGCGGAGGGUGAGAGAAACAAACGUGACAGGUGUAUAGAGACAUACGGAUGUAGCUCCUGAUGGUGGAUCCGGUGCACAUGAUUUAUUGUUGUACCUUGUACAUAAAGUAGAAGAAAAUGUGUUCUUUUAAAAGGUUUACAGUAAAUUGCAGAUAAAUAAAUUAAUUGGAAAUUGACAUUUCAGCUCUUGGGUCACAAACUGGUUACACAAGCCACUACACAAACCACUACAUUGCAAUUCUGCAAGUGUUGGUUUUUUUUUUGUUUUUUUUUUGUUUUGUUUUAGUUUUUUUUUUCAGAAAAUGUGAUUGUAAAGACCAAUUUUAGACAUGGUGCCAGAUGUUAAGCUACACUAACCCAACGACUGUGUGAUCCAACAACAGCUUGAAAUAAAAGAUUUUCACCACCAUGCAA